GAGGUGAACCUUGCUGCACACGGAGAAAUCAACUGCAUCCAUUUCGACACCAACAUGACUGACAAAGAUCACCAACGCCCAUGAAGAGCCAGUAGGAAAUGAGUGGUGUAGAGAGAGGAGCCUGCUGCUGAGAGAGAGAGAGAGAGAGAGAGGGAGAGAGAGAGAGAGAGAAUAUCCCCAUAGCGCCACACUGCCAGCAUCGUCCUGUUUGUCCGCCUGUCGCAUCGCCCUUUCCUGGAUUUUACCCAGCCUUUUCUACGAGUCUUUCCUUCUCUCCUACGUUUUCUUUUUAUUCCAUCCUUUCUUUAAAACCUCAAAAAUGGCAACGAGGAUCGACAAAGAGGCUUGUAGAGACGCUUAUAACCUGGUCCGAGAUGAUAACACAGAUAUAAGCUGGGCAUCCUUUAAGUAUGACGGGCCAACAAUUGUGCCAGCAGGACAUGGGACCGAUUAUGAAGAAUUUAAAAGCCAAUGUACAGACGAUGCCCGUCUGUUUGGUUUCGUGAGGAUCACAACAGGAGAUGCCAUGAGCAAACGGGCCAAGUUCACCCUCAUCACCUGGAUUGGGGAGAACGUGAGUGGACUGCAGAGGGCUAAGAUCAGCACAGACAAAACACUGGUGAAAGACGUCUGCCAGAACUUCGCUAAAGAGUUCAUGGUGAGCGAUAUUCGGGAGCUGGAAGAAGACUACAUCCGAAACGAGCUGAAGAAGGCUGGUGGUGCAAACUACGACGCUCAGGCAGAAUAGAUUCUAGCAGGGUGUGCACAGAGGAAUGGGGUUGGGGGGGUCAUCAAAACUGGGAGAAAGAGUAGGGGAAACUUUUCAUCUUGCGCUCUCCUCAAAUACCUAUACACAAACACACACACAUACAUGCACACACACACACACACACGCACGCACAUACGCUCUUCUGUCCUUCUUCUACUGUGGUCAUGAUUGGUUUAUCUGCUGUUUAUAUCCUGUGCAUCAUCUCACACUCAUCUCGAGUGCAGACCUUGUUUUUGUGUUUAGUAUAACAACUAUAACUGGAGUUUGAGUCAAAGAAGCUCCUUUUGUUCUCGAUUGGACCUGACAAUGUUACAUCCUCGAACAAUUUCGAAGUUUCUUUCAACUCAUGGUUCAAGUUCCUUCCACUUUAUUUCUGUCAUUGUUCUUCCUUAUCUAAAUACAGACCACUGUGUUUACGGCCUUAAUCUCCCAUGGAGAGAGGUGCAUCAUGGAUGUAUGCGUUUGUGUGUAUGUGUACGAGUCUGUAUGUUUGCAGACGCUGCACUGUGACUCACUCGGCUCCAGGUAGUUUUUGGGAUUUCAGACACUUUAUAGCUCUGGAAAACAGUUUGACUGUGCAGGCUAUGGUGUUGUCGUUCAACCUGACUGUGGAGCAGCCAUUUCUCUGGUGUAGCCUUUCUUUUAGUCAUUUAAAUUGAAAUUAAGUCAAUUUUUCAUUAAAAAAAAAGAAAAUUAUGCAGAAUUUUUUUGUUUGAAAACGGAAGAUGUCAAUAAAGAAAGAAAACAUGUCAUGUGCACAAACAUUAUGAAUCAUUUCAGAAUAAAAGAUGUUGUUGUUUUUUUUAAUCAAAAA